GUAUGGUUGGACUUUAUAUCGGCAGGUCGUGUAAACACCCUCGACUUGUAAUUCGCGUUAUUACUUUAAUUCAGACAUUAAAUCUUCCCAACAGACCAAACAUAACCGUCAUGGACCUGUUGCACAUUUACGAGUGGAUCGACAUCAAAGCUGUAUUGUUUUUUGCCUGUGUGUUUUUAUUACUGAGUAACUAUAUCCAAAAUAAAACACCGAAAAACUUUCCUCCUGGACCAUGGCCUUUACCUAUCAUUGGAAACCUUUAUCACAUCGAUUUCAAUAAGAUUCAUCUUGAAGUGGAAAAGCUUUCAGAAAAAUACGGAAGCGUUGUAAGCGUUCAUCUUUUCGGACAAAGAACUGUUAUUCUGAACGGGUACAAACAAGUGAAGGAGGUGUAUAUACAACAAGGCGACAACGUGGCUGAUCGACCUGAGUUACCUAUGAUUCACGACAUAGCCGGAGACAAUGGUUUAGUUGCUCCCAGUGGAUAUAAAUGGAAGCAACAGAGGAGAUUUGCACUCUCAACUCUUCGGAACUUUGGUUUGGGGAAGAAAAGUCUGGAGCCGUCCAUCAAUCUUGAAUGUCACUAUCUGAAUGAGGCUAUCUCAAAUGAAAAUGGUCGACCUUUUGACCCUCACUUACUUCUGAACAACGCUAUCUCAAAUGUGAUCUGUGUGCUGGUGUUUGGUAAUCGAUUUGACUACAGUGACCAUCACUUCCAGACUCUGCUGAACAACAUCAAUGAGGCUAUGUAUCUGGAUGGAACAAUUUGGGCUCAACUUUAUAACUCCCACCCACGGAUUAUGCGGCUACUGCCUGGACCACACAAGAAAAAUAUUACUUUGUGGAACAAAGUGAUUGACUUUGCUCGAGAGAGGGUGAAAGAACACAGAGUGGAUUAUGAUCCAUCAAAUCCUCGAGACUACGUUGACUGCUUUCUAGCUGAGAUGGAAAAGCUUAAAGACGACACAGCUGCAGGGUUUGAUGUGGAGAACUUGUGCAUCUGUACUCUGGAUCUGUUUGUAGCAGGAACUGAGACCACCUCCACCACUCUUUCUUGGAGUCUUCUCUACAUGAUAAAAUAUCCCGAGAUUCAAGCUAAAGUUCAGGAGGAGAUUGAUCGUGUUAUUGGAAGCUCACGGCAGCCAUCUGUAUCAGACAGAGACAACAUGCCCUACACCAAUGCUGUCAUUCAUGAGAUACAGAGAUUUGGAAAUAUUGCCGCAUUAAAUUUGCCGCGGGCUGCUGUGAAAGAUAUCCAAGUUGGGAAAUACUUAAUUCCAAAGGGCACAAUUGUAAUUGGCAAUUUGACAUCAGUGCUGUUUGAUGAGUCUGAGUGGGAGACGCCUCACUCUUUUAACCCGGGUCACUUUCUGGAUGCUGAGGGCAAAUUCAGGAGGAGAGAUGCCUUUUUACCUUUUUCUCUAGGAAAGAGAGUGUGUCUUGGGGAGCAGUUGGCGAGGAUGGAGCUCUUCCUCUUUUUCACCUCUCUGCUGCAGCAUUUCACUUUCUCUUCACCAGCAGGUGUGGAGCCCAGCUUCAAUUACAAACUGGGAACAACUCGUGCUCCUAAACCAUUCAAAUUGUGUGCUGUAUCUCGAUAAGACAGACAGUACUUGUGACUGAUUCUGUAUAUUUACGGAUUUGAUUGUUUUGGAAAAUGCAUUACCAUUCGCUUGCUUUGGAUAGUGAUAUAUAAUUAAGUUUGAGCUAGCGUCUAAAAAACUUGUGCUGUGUAAACUAUUUUUUUGUGUGGUCAUGAUGCAUAAAAUAGCUUAAAUGCUUGAUAAAUGUCUCUCAUGCUGCACCCAUGAGGUCUUCACAGUAUUGAAGCAGAUGUAUUAGGUUAUUGUAAGCUGAGAAAAUAUUAUAUACUAUUCCUUCUAUGCUAAUGAAGGACAACUGAGACAUUCCAAGCAUGGGAUGGGUCCUCCUGAUGUGGCAGAAUUCCUCACAGCUCCGAUACACAUCUCUGCCAUUUGCUUACAGUAACCAUGUGCUUUUCACCAUACACAAUUCAUCUGCCCGUAAUCUUCCUUCAUAUAACUUUGUCAUGUUUGGUGUCAUUUGACAGUUUAGGACUUCAGCUUUGUAGUGAUGAAAUCAACAGAGACAUUGAUUGAUUGUAUUUUAAUAUACAAUAUAAUAACUAUUGUUGAGUCAUGGCCUGAGGAAAGAAUGUUAAUGUUCUUCUCCCCCACUUUAUCUCCUCAACUUUGCUCUCAUGUUCAGCUGGUUUUGGGGGUUGGUAUUCACUUAUUUUUGACAAUGCUUUGCUCAGUAUAAUAAGGAAAGGGUUGAUCUGGGAGAAUGGCUUUUAUCUGCUUCUCCCCCACACCAGUGCGUAGCCUCAUAUGCUAACAAAGGCAGUUUCACUGUCUUUGUUACACAGCAGUGCUUACUUUACAGCUAAUUUCAUUAUACAGUAUGUUAGUUUGUUUUAUUCUACUGUCUGUAUAUUUAAAUGUAACUUGAUAAACAACUUUGCCUGCUUUAAGACA